AUGCAGCAGGAAGUACCGUCUUCGGAAAGAGACCUCUUCGGAGGAGCGAUCAAGGCGAAAUUGCCAACAACGCUCAUCGAUGCCUCAGAUCUGCGUCAGAUUCCAGACACGCAGGAAGUUUUCCUAUAUCCACAAUCGGGUAUCAGUGUUAUAGUGGAGAUCCUGGAGCGGGUCGAGGCCACAGAUAAUACUGAUGCCGUGAGAUUUCACUUUGACUCGCUCGCCCACGAUAACUCCGCAGAGAGCAGCCAGAGUGACAGCAUCGUUAUCAUUCCUAACGACCGGGGAGACAACACCCCCUCGGCCAUCGUACUCACUGGUUCCCAGAAGGUGCCGAAGUUCAAUCAAUCAGCAGCCGACGAUGUUCGCAUUCUCAUGAGUCUAUUCCGCGUGGAGACCAAAAACGCAGACUUGGUUGUCACCUUCAAUGUGCCUGUAUCUUCUCAGGAUGGAGGAGCGGUGGGAGAAGAAGGAUGGAGGGCAGCGAAAUCUGACUUCGAGAACAUGAUUCGAUCGUUUCGUAUCGUAGACUAUGGCUUGUUCGCAUAA